AUUAAGAUAUAUAUCAUAGUGGAAGACUAAGAAGACACAGCUAAUAAACCAAUAAAAGAACAAUUACUGUUCAGUUUCGUUUCGUCUUAUUUUACGGAAUCCAACAUGGCGCAGAAAUUGAAGGCAGUGAAAUGUCCUACUGAUGAACUGUCAGUAACAAACUUUGCCAUUGUCAGUGAUAAAGAUUUUGAUGACAAAAAAGUCAAACAUGUUGAAGUAUACACAGCCCCUCACCAGAAAUAUCUGUUUUCUAUCAAGUCCUUCCCUAGAAUGGCACAGGGAACCAUUGGAUUCAAUUUGAUGCAGAGGAAAUGGGCGAACUUAUCCUUGAAUCAGGAGUUAGACGUAAAACCAGAACUGGUCAGUAGUAAGUCAGAAUCUGUCAAUACAAUCACAUUAGAGGUGGAUUUUCUACAGAAAAAACAUGCAAAUGUUGACCCUUAUGACUCAGACAAGAUGGCUGCAGAGUUUACAAUGGCUUUCAAUGGGCAGGCCUUUUCCAUUGAACAGAUCAUGGCAUUCCAGUUUGGAGACAAAAAGCUGUUGGGAGUUUUUGUCAAGGAAAUGGAAGUUGUUGAUUUUACCAAUGUUCAACAGGGUGGACAGCCAACAUCUAGACGUGCUCCAAGAGGUUUGCUAACCCCAAACUCAACAGUCAUUUUUGAGAAAGCUGAAAAUUCAACUCUCAACUUGACUGGUAAAUCUAAAAGUAAACAGGCUUACACAUCAAUAAUAAACCCAGACUGGGACUUCAACAAGAUGGGUAUUGGUGGUUUAGACUCUGAAUUCUCAGCCAUUUUCAGGAGAGCUUUUGCUUCCAGAGUGUUCCCACCUGAAGUUGUAGAACAAAUAGGUAUUAAGCAUGUUAAAGGAAUCCUACUGUUUGGACCUCCUGGUACUGGUAAAACUCUCAUGGCUAGACAAAUAGGGAAAAUGUUGAAUGCUAGAGAACCCAAGAUUAUAAAUGGGCCACAGAUUUUAGACAAAUAUGUUGGAGAAUCUGAAGCUAAUGUUAGAAAACUGUUUGCUGAUGCAGAAGAAGAGGAAAAAAGGUGUGGUUCCCAUAGUGGUUUACAUAUAAUUAUAUUUGAUGAGAUAGAUGCCAUCUGUAAAGCCAGAGGUUCAGUGGCAGGUAAUACAGGUGUACAUGAUACAGUGGUCAAUCAGCUCCUAGCAAAGAUUGAUGGUGUUGAUCAACUCAAUAAUAUCUUAGUUAUAGGUAUGACCAACAGAAAAGAUAUGAUAGACGAAGCUCUGUUACGACCUGGAAGAUUAGAAGUUCAAAUGGAAAUAGGAUUGCCAGAUGAAUAUGGGAGAAAUCAAAUAUUGAAUAUACACACCACUACAAUGAGAGAAAAUGGUAAAAUGGCGCCAGAUGUAGAAAUUAAAGAAUUAGCAACUAUGACGAAGAAUUUCAGUGGUGCUGAAAUUGAAGGUCUGGUUAAAGCAGCCACUUCUACUGCAAUGAACAGACUUAUCAAAGCUUCUUCUAAAGUUGAAGUAGAUCCUGAGGCCAUGGAGAAAAUUUUAGUGACGAGGAAAGAUUUUAUGCAUGCACUUGAAAAUGAUGUUAAACCGGCUUUUGGAAGCAGUAAAGAAGAGUUCGAAAAAUAUAUUAUGAAUGGUAUAAUAACAUGGGGAAGUCCCGUCUCCAGAUUGUUAGAGGAUGGUGAUCUAUUAAUAUCACAGUGUAGAAGUAGUACCAUGACACCAUUGGUUACUGUACUGUUAGAAGGUCCACCCGGCAGUGGUAAAACAUCGCUUGCAGCACAGAUAGCCAAAAAUUCAGAUUUUCCAUUUGUUAAAAUCUGUUCUCCAGAAAAUAUGAUUGGUUUUACAGAGCCUGCUAAAUGUCAUGGUAUAAAAAAGCUGUUUGAUGAUGCAUAUAAAUCACCGCUAAGUUGCAUAAUAAUAGAUGACAUAGAGAGAUUAUUAGAUUAUGUACCGAUAGGACCAAGAUUCUCUAAUUUAGUUCUACAAGCUUUACUUGUUUUAUUAAAGAAACCACCUCCUCAAGGUAAAAAGCUGUUGGUUCUUGGUACAACAAGUAGAAAAGAUGUUUUGGAAGAAAUGGAAAUGUCUAACGUAUUCAGUGCUCGACUACAUGUAUCUAACGUAUCAACUAGUGAACAUUUAAUGACAAUCUUAGAAAAUGUUGAUGCUUUCAAUGAGAAAGAAUUACAAAUUAUACAGAAGAAAACAGGCGGAAAAAGGUUGUGGAUAGGUAUAAAGAAAUUAUUAAUUCUCAUAGAGAUGGCCAGACAGAAUGAAGAAUCACAAAGAAUUCCCAAGUUUUUAUGUUUGUUAGAAGAAGAAGCAGGAUUAGAAAUGUAGACUUAAUAAAAACAUUCCUUAUUGUUACAUGUUAGUGAAAUUUAUGACUUUUGAAUUUUCAUAUCAGUUUUAGACUAUUGAUAUUACUUGAUUUAUUUCACUUGACUGGGCGGAGUUUUACCAGUUUGCUCAUAAUAAACCAGUCCAUCUAUAGAUAGAUGUUUUAGGAUAAACUCAUCAAUGAAGUGUCCAGUAAUUCUUUUGUAAAUUCCUUUUAUGACACUGAUAGGUGAUUAGUAAUUAGUAAUAAUUAUAACGGCAAUCAUCCUUAUCACACACAACUUCAAAUAGACUGUCCUUAUGCAAAUUAAACUGUAAGCUACGCCCGGUCAGUUGAAAUAACAUUGGUAAUACUCAUCAGGAUUUUUCACCACGUGUAAAAUAAACAUGGUUUCAUAUUUCAAAGGGAGAUAAUACAUUUUUUAGAAUGUAAAAAUGGUAAAUAUUUAUUUUGUUCAAAAAUGUUUCAGAACCUUUUCAUUGAUUUGUCACCAAUGAUUCAUGGAACUGAAUCAUGUGUUUUUCACAAUAGGAACUCUCUUGUUUGUAGACAUAUUUACAAACCAAUUUUACUACACUCAUUACUAGACAAACUGCAUUACUGCUGAUAUAGUAGAAAUUUUUGUCUUGUAAUUAUCUAAAAAGGAAUAAAAUGACAUUAAAGUGGAAAUUUUGCUGUCAGUAAAAAAUUAAUUUCUGAUUGUCUCCCUUUUAUAGAAUUUACUGUUAUAAGUAGAAUGCCUGUAUGCUUAGUUCUUUUCUAUUUGUAUGUUUUUUUAAAGCAUUUAUAUAUAAUAACAAUCAAAUAAUAGUUUGCUUGAUAAACAUUCAAAAAUCAUAUGCUCUGUCUCAAUUUAAAUGUUUAACACUUUUUUCUAAUUGCAUAUUAUGUUAAUUAAUAAUCGGGACCAACUUAACUGUUUAGCAACCUUAAUAAUAUAAAAGGGAUACAUCUUGGUUUGAAAUGAACAUUGCAUUCUGUCUAGACAUUGUAUAUUUGAAAUUCCAUUGAAAUGGUGAAAAUAUUAUUGUAAAGCCAGUUGAAAAAGAAAAGAGAGUUAGCCUCACUCUAUUUAUUUAUUUUAUAAAAUACCCAAGACAUAUGUUUAUCACACAGAAAUAUUUUUACUGCAAUAAAAUGUAGGAUUAAUUACCUUCAACUGUCAAAUUCAAGGGAAUAAUUUAUUUUAACCUAUUUUUGUAUUCAAUCAUACCAUGAUUUGGUGGUAUUACAACUGGAAAGGUUGGGAAAGAGAUUCACCAGUACUGACAAAAAGUUUUAAGUUUAAACCCUGGAAAAAUCUGUUCCAAUCCAGUUCCUUUAAGAAACAAAAUUGACUGUCUUUAGAAUUUCAUCUUGAUGUUAUAAAGAACCAUAAAAUCUGGUUAAUGAUGAUAAAGAUAUAAAGUUAGUCGGAUAUUUUAAAGAGUUUUUCACAGUAUUAUUGAAUGUACAGGAAAUUUUCAUUAAACAUCAAUAGAUACAUUUUUUUUCUUUGCUUAAAAUAUAAUGAUGUCUUUUGAUUAAUUGUGUGAAAUUUAAAACAAGCAGAAAUAAAAGAUUGAGAAAUCAGACAUAUUUGAAGAAGUUGCACUUGUUUAAUUCAUGUUGGAAGAUGGUUUGUUUGAAAUAAUAAUUUAUUGAUUUCUUUUAUAAUAGUCAUGUGCAAUAAAAUUUAUAACCAAA